AUGAGUGUUUUUCUUUCUAUGUCAGACAUUUCAUAUCUAUCUAUCUAUCUAUCUAUCUAUCUAUCUAUCUAUCUUAAACAACCUAUUAUCUAUCUAUCUAUAUCACUCGUAUCUAUCUAUUUAUCUCAUUCUCUUCAUAUCUAUCAUUCUGUUCCCAUCUAUCUAUCUAUCUAUCUAUCUAUCUAUCUAUCUAUCAUCUAUCUAUCUCAGACUGUUCACAUCUAUCUAUCUAUCUAUCUAUCAUCUAUCUAUCUAUCUAUCUAUCUAACUUUUCAGACUGUUCACAUCUAUCUAUCUAUCUAUUUAUCUAUCUAUCUAUCUAUCUAUCUGUCUCACAUUCAUUCAUCAUCUAUCUAUCUAUCUAUCUAUCUAUCUAUCUAUCUAUCUCAUUCUGUUCAUAUUUAUCUAUCUCGCUUUGUAUCUAUCUAUCUAUCUAUCUAUCUCAUUCUCUUCACAUCUAUCUAUCUAUCUACCUCAUUCUGUUCAUACCUAUCUAUCUCAUUAUGUUCAUACCUAUCUAUCUAUCUAUCUAUCUAUCUAUCUAUCUAUCUAUCUAUCUAUCUAUCUAUCUAUCUAUCUAUCUCAUUCUCUUCAUAUCUAUCUAUCCAUCUUCGUCUGUGCCCGUCCUUGGUUGCGUGGAAGGAGGUGAAGAAACGUCUGGCCGAAUCAGUUAGGGGAAUUAAGUCUGUUGUUCAUCACGUGCAAAACUGUCUCAAUAAUUCAGCCGGCGGUGUCCUGAUGAAAUGGAGCCAUGUCCAGCCGAAUCGACUGCAGAAGAGAGCACUAGAACUGGGACGUCAACACGAAUCAGGCCUCUUCGUACUCAUGGAAUUUUCUCAUGAGUAA